GCGGUCAGAUAACCAUCUUUAUCUAGCCUAUAAAUAAAAAAGCGAUUGACACAUUACAGCUGUGCAUUUUAACAGCUGUGCAGCUUUCAGCUGGUGACAGGAUGUGUUGCAAACAUUCUUUACGCGGAAGCCGUCACUUUUGUUCACUUUCAGUGAGCAGACACAGGCUCCAGACUUCAUCUGUCUAAAAGGCUGAAGGCUCCGGGAUUCAGCCCCCACGUGUACGGACACCAUGAGGACUGUUUUACUCGGGAUAUUUAUUCUCUUUAAAGGAGCAAUUUGCACGUCUGAGUACAACUUUAACGAGGUGAUCAGACACUUUGCUGUGGGAAACGGUAAGGUGUUUGUUGUUACCGACUCUCAGCUCCACCAAAUGCGGCACGAUCUCGAAGUAGAGAAGAUUAAAGUCAUAUCAAGCACCACGGACCAGAACGCAGUGAACAUCUUGUUGCCUUUCGAGGCGAACGGAACUCUGAUCACAUGCGGCACUUUGAACUGCGGACACUGCGAGGUCCUGGAUAUAAAUGAUAUAACACGAACUAUCUACAGGGAGAACUUGCCGGUUGGACCGCUUGUGAACGAAUCAUCCGUUGCGUUCCUUGUCGAUUAUCCAGGCGACAGUAAUGGCACAUACAUGUUGGUGGGGAGAGAGAAUAAUGAUGAAAAGAAAAUGUGUACCGAUGCCGGUGUGGCAUUGUACAACACUCUCUACACUCAGUAUGGUGAUAUUUUUUCUAAAUCAGACUCUUCUACAACUGAAGCCUACAUUAGGAUUCCUGGUGUUGAGUGGGUAGAUGGUUUCCAGGUAUCUUCACAGUUUCAGUCCUACCUCUUCGCCAACAUUAAUUUAACCAGCAAAAUAAAAAAAGUGGUUUUCUUUAAGAUGGAUAACAACCAGAAAAAAACAGAAAUGACGAGAUCUCUGAAAGUUGCAACUUUACGCUGCUGUGAUGACCAACUUCGCCAGAAACUUGUGUCCUCUGCCUUUAUCUCGUCGGAGUCUUCUCUUUUAUGGAUGGGAAUAUUCACUGCAGAGCGUCCAGACCACCCUGAGAACACUGUGUUGGCUAUUUACAACAUUACUGCCAGCAGACCAGUGAAUCCUGCUGAAGAAAUCAGAUGCAGUCCAGACUGUCCCAGAUCAACACAGAAUAACGAGGCUGUUGUAGAUCCCCUUGCUGUGGUAUUCAAACACAAUUCAAUGACAUCUGUGGCAGCGAAAAUUAAAGGGUCUUGGACUGUGCUGUACAUCGGAACUGCAAAUGGCCAACUGAUAAAGCUUGUACUGGACACAGAUUACAGAUCUGGCUGUGCAAAAGUACUAUACAGAUCUGAUGAUGACAGGAUGGUGUUUCCCAGAAUGUACUUUGACCCAGUGGAUCAUAAUUACAUCUACAUAGCUUUGAGAAAUCAGAUUAAACGUGUUGCAGUGACUCAGUGUGGUAUGUAUGGCACUUUAAGAGACUGCAUUGGCAGCAUGGACCCUUUCUGUGGAUGGUGUGGGGUCACAAAAAGAUGCUGUUUGCAGAAGGAGUGUACAGCACCAUCUUGGAUCUCCAUUGCUAAAGAUUCUUUUCAGAAAGAGCUGAUUUCCUUUCAGGUUAUUUCUUUAAUCCCUGGAGAGAUCAAUCUGACUGUAUACCUGCACCUGGAGGCCACAGAAAGUCUUCCUUUAACAUGUACAUUCAAGGCAGGAAGUGUGGAUCUGUGUACUAGCCCAGUUGCACACUUUCCCAGCUGCUCCUGCAAUUUCCCUGAAAAGCACCUGUCUUCUGAUAGACUCAAAGUCACAGUGACAGUCAAUAUUAGUGAUCAGAUCUUCACAGACAGCCUGACACUGAGGAGCUGCCCAAAUAUCACAGAGAAUACACAAUCAGAUGCUCAGUGCACAGCCUGUGUCUCAGCUGGGUGUUAUUGGAACAACAGUGGCAUGAAGUGUACCUGGACUCCUAAAUCUGCACCUUAUGUACACAUACAGGACAUAUGCAAGCAGUCUUCCUCUGAGAAAAACAACAUGCCAGAGAUCCUAGCUCUAUGGCCUAAUGAAGUCUCCUUUCAUGGCAAAAACAAUGCAGUGAUUAAGGGGAAAAAUCUGGAGCUGGUUGAGAGAAUUCGCUUCCAAGGUUUUAUGGACUGCAGUUUACAGGAGACACCAGUGUUGGAGCGCUCUAAUGACACACUGAGGUUCCACAUUCCCAGUGGAAACAAAGAAACCGUGAGGGUGUGUGUGGUGACAGCAGGUGGACGUUGUUAUAGUAAUGCCACCGUUACAUAUAUUUCCCAGCCCACCUGUACUGAACUGCAGCCUGGAGUCACCUGGUCCAGUGGUGAGAGGAAGAUUCAAGUGUUGGGGAGCAAAUUAGAGAUUGUGGAUACAGUCACUAUUGAUACAUUUCCCAACGAGAUCAUCCUAAAGUCAUACGACAAGAGCUUUUGGUUUCACACUCAUAAGCAGAGAGACUUCAGAGCUGCUGGGCCAUUUACUGUCUCUCUAAGGGUGGUGAACUCAACAGUGGCCUGUUUAGGUACACUAUCUUACCAUCCAGACCCAGAAUUCACCAGCUUCACUACCUCUAAGGUGAUCAAUGAUGUGCUGGUCAUCAUACAGAAAAAGGAAGACAGAUUGAAUUUGACUGAAGAGGAGCUAACGGUGUGGGGCAUACAGGAAGAAAAGCAGUUUGAGUGUAAAAUAGUGGAAUUUAAGUCCAGUGCUGUGACCUGUAGGAUUUCAGGAGAUAAGGAUGGUGAAAUCAAGCUGGACUCACUCAGGAUUAGACUUGUCAAUGUUACUGAAACUGUACUGAAGACACCGGGGGCUGCAUAUCCGUUUAUUCUUGUCGCAUUAGUCAUUUUGAUUGUUCUUGGUGCUGUUGCUGGGGUAUUUAUCCACCGUAAGAGCCAACGGCAGAUGAAUGCACAUCUGGAACCGAUGCAGAAUGAGAUCAGAAAUUAGAUCAGACAAGCAAGCCAGAGGUGACUGGGACAAGGAAAAACUCCCUGAGAUGAUAUGAGGAAGAAACCUUGAGAGGAACCAGAUUCAACCCAUCCUCAUCUGGAUAACAACAGAUAGUGUGAUUAUGAAUAAAUCCCUUCUAUAACUGUGUGCUACAUGAUAAAACAACAUGAUGAAACAUCAGUUACAGUCCAAUUCCAUCUCCAUGGCUUCCCAGUGUCCCUAGGUUGUCAAUAUGGGGUCAUCCUCAGCAACAGUGAAUACCUGCCGACAACUGACUACUCAACCGACAGUUUUUAAUAUUGAUACUGAAUGAAAACUUUAUUACAAAUGUACUUUACACACACACACACACACACACACACACGCAUAUAUAUAUAUAUAUAUACACAUACACACACACGUAUAUAAAUUUCCUUUCAUUAAUACAUAUUGAAGUAAAUAAAAUAUAUAUAAAUACAUCUAAACUGAACCAAAAAUAACACUCCUAAUAAACACCACGAGGCUUCAGUGCUUUCUUUCAUUUCUUUUCUUUUAUGUACUGUAUAAUGACAGUGGACGCUUCUCAACCGCUUCGGGAAAAACUAUCAGUGUUGAUUUUUGCCAGUAAUCGGUUAUCUGUGCCGAUUAAUCGGCAAAACCGUUAAGCGAGUCAGAAAUGCGAGAUGUACCACAUUACAAAUGUUUGAGAAAAAUACACAGACACUUCAACAAAAAUAAUCUUUUUCACCUGUUUUUAGGGGUUUAUCAAGGAUCCACAGUUUCCUGUAACAAUUUCAUGUAUGCACAAUAACAUUUAUGUGCUAUUAAAGUGUUUACAAUAAUGUAACUGGAUAGUCCACAUCAUGCAUUGUGAUAACCUAUGCAGCCUAUUUAUAUCCUUAUACAACAAUUUAUUUUAAAAAAUAAUAAAAAUCAUCAUACACUUCAUGUACACUGUUCAGAAACAGGCUAUAUCAUCAAAACAAGAUAUUGCAAUCUCUCAUUCUAUAUGUUCACAGUUUACUGUUUUGAGUCUUGAAUCUUCUUUAAGGAACUUAUCUGUACCAUGGAUGCCCAAG